GGCCGAUCGUGGGGGGCGGGAAGCGUUUCGGGGUAGUAGAGCCCAUGUCGGCCCUGAGGCGCUCGGGCUACGGCCCCGGUGACUGUCCGCCUUAUGGCCGCUACUACGGGCCUGGGGGUGGAGAUGUGCCCGUGCACCCGCCUCCGCCCUUAUAUCCUCCUCGCUCUGAACCUCCUCAGCCUCCCAUUUCCUGGCGGGUACGCGGGGGCGGCCCGGCUGAGACCACCUGGCAGGUAGAAGGAGGAGGCGAUGGCUACUAUCCUUCAGGGGGCGCCUGGCCCGAGCCGAGUCGAGCUGGAGGAAGCCACCAGGAGCAGCCACCAUAUCCUAACUACAAUUCUAACUACUGGAAUUCUACUUCCCGAACUAGAGCUCCUUACCCAAAUACAUAUCCUGUAAGACCGGAAUUGCAAGGCCAGAGUUUGAAUUCUUAUACAAAUGGAGCAUAUGGUCCACCAUACCCUCCUGGCCCUGGGACAAAUACUCCCUCAUACUCUGGGGCUUAUUAUGCACCUGGAUAUACUCAGACCAAUUAUUCUCCAGAAGUUACAAGCACUUUCCGUUCACCUGGCAAUAGCCCAGCCACAGUUUCUCGCUGGCUGUAUCCCCAGCAGGAAUGUCAGACUGAAGUACCCCCUCUUAGGGGGCAGGUUCCAGGAUAUCCUCCUUCACAGAACCCUGGAAUGACCCUGCCCCAUUAUUCUUACGGGAAUGGUAAUCGUAGUGUUCCACAAUCAGGACCAAGUGUACGACCACAAGAGGAUGCAUGGUCUUCUCCUGGUGCUUAUGGAAUGGGAACCCGCUACCCAUGGCCUUCAGCUACACCUUCAGCACCACCUGGGAAUCUCUACGUGACUGAAAAUACUUCUUCAUGGCCAAACAGCAGCUCUCCUCAGCCACCUUCUUCACCACCACCCCAACAGUCGAAGGAUUCUUCCUACCCCUACAGCCAAUCCGAUCAAGGCAUGAACCGGCACAACUUUCCUUGCAGUGUCCAUCAGUAUGAAUCUUCGGGCGCAAUGAACAAUGAUAAUUCAGAUCUUUUGGAUUCCCAGGUCCAAUAUAGUGCUGAGCCUCAGCUGUAUGAUAGUGCCACCAGUGGAAAUCCCAGCAAUCAAGAUCAGAGUAAUAAUCAUCCUGAAGGGUGUUUAUCUUCAGGGGAAGGUACUCCUCCAAGUAUUAAAAAAAUCAUAAAUGUGCUGGAGAAGGUCCAGUAUCUUGAGCAAGAAGUAGAAGAGUUUGUAGGAAAAAAGACAGACAAAGCAUACUGGCUUCUGGAAGAAAUGCUAACCAAGGAACUUCUGGAACUGGAUUCAGUUGAAACUGGGGGUCAAGACUCUGUCCGGCAGGCCAGGAAAGAGGCUGUUUGCAAGAUCCAGGCUAUACUGGAAAAAUUGGAAAGAAAAGGAUUAUGAAAGGAUUUAGAACAAAAUGGAAGCCUGUUACUAACUUGACCAAAGAACUGCUGAUUUUGGUUAAUUACCCUCUUUUUGAGAUGGCUGUUGAUGAUAGGAAGCAGUAUAUUUUCAAACUUCAAAAACUGACAAAGGACUUGGAAGAACAUUGUAGUAACGAAUUGUUUUCAGACCAAUGAAUGUAAUAGGAAAUUAUGGAGUUAUCAAUCUUGCCAAGUAGAUUCACUCCAUACCUAAGAAAUUUAUGGAUAUUUGCAAGCUGCUUCUUUUUAGCAGGACGGAAAUACACUUUAUGUAACAGGCUUAUUAGAAACCUACCAGAUGAGACUGGAUAUAAUCUGAAACAGGAUCUUUUUUUAAACAGCUGGAUUACUUGUCAAAUUUUUGUACAUUGUGACUGCUUUACAACCUACACUUCAUGUGUAAAUUACAGCUUGGACUUUAGCUUUCUUGGACCUCUGUUUUAUGUGUUACUUGCAGUUCAUAAAUAUAGUAUUAUUCUCU